AUGUCCAUCCAUAUCAAGAACUUUGACCAAGUCCUUAAUCUCAAGAUUAAAGUAACAACUUUGUUAGACCAGGAGAUGAUUGGUGUUAUAUACACUUACUCCUCUUCUAAUGAGAUCCUAGUCUUAAAAACAUCAAAUCUUAGGGUAUCUAAAGAUAAUAAACAAGUUGAUCCAACAAGCACUUAUCGAGUUAUUAACACAUCAAUUAUUAAAAGCAUUCAAGUAUUGCCUCCAUUCCCACUGAAAAAGAACAAUCUAAAACCUUACAAAAGAGAUGAGGUGCUGAUAAAACCUAUAAAUAUCCAAGAUUUGAAGAAAUUCGUCAACAAUGAAAUACUAAAGUUGGAUGGAGUAGAACAACCAAAAAAAGAACAAGAAAAACCAAUUCUGUCAUUAGCAACAGAACCACGUCAUAUUCCCCAGCAUAAUACCACACCCGGUUCCUCAAUUGCAUCUCAACUAUUUGAAAAGUUAACUACCUUGUACGGAGUCAAGAACAUCAAAUAUGGUGACCAAAAGCGUAUGGAAAUAAUUAUCCAUGAUGAAAUCAAGUUGAUCAAGCCAUUCACAAAUACGCAAAAAAAUAUCCAGUUCAUUAAUGACAAACAACAAAGCAAACACACACAAUCUCUAAAUCGUGCAUUGAAACAGUUUUGGUUAGAAAUUGAUAAUGAAAAAAAAGGUGGGUAA